UAUAACCUUCCCAAAUCGCCGCACAUCAAUCACUCGCACUUCCUAGUUCCUUCUCAAACCUUCAUUUCUCUUCAUCAAUGGCUGCAGCAGAACCACCACCACCACCAACGCCAACCCCUGAACCAAACAUGACUCUCCAGCAAAGCCAACAAAAUUCAAACCUUCUAUACACCCGUAUUCGUCUCGCAACAAAAUCAGAUGUCCCAUUCAUCCACAAACUCAUCCAUCAAAUGGCAGUCUUUGAAAAACUCACCCAUCUUUUCGAAGCAACAGAAUCAUCACUUUCAUCAACCCUUUUCAAUUCCCCACCUUUCCAAUCCUUCACCGUCUUCCUUCUAGAAGUUUCCUCAACUCCUCUCUCUCUCCACCAUCUUCCCACUAUCUCCCUUUUUCAACCUAUUCACAAAACGUUCCAGAACCUUCCUCAAGCCAUUGAAGAUCCUGAAAGCUCAGUUUUUCGUACUGAUGAGGGUGCUACAAUUGCUGGGUUUGUGUUGUUUUUCCCGAAUUACUCGACUUUUUUGGCGAAACCUGGGUUUUAUGUUGAAGACGUUUUUGUGAGAGAAUGUUAUAGGAGGAAAGGCUUUGGGGGAUUGUUGAUGAAAGCGGUUGCUAAUCAAGCUGUGAGAUUAGGGUAUGGAAGAGUUGAAUGGUGUGUUCUUGAUUGGAAUAUUAAUGCUAUUAAUUUUUAUGAGAAGAUUGGUGCUGAUGUUAUGCAAGAAUGGCGUAUUUGUCGUCUUACUGGUGAUGCUCUUCUUUCUUAUGAGGGUCGAUAAAGAUGUGUCCUGUGGAAAUGGAUUAAAGUUUGGAACGAUUGAUGAGGAUUGCUUGAUCGAAGCAACAAGGAGUAGAAGUAUGAAGCUCACUCAGCCAAAUGUGGGUUACUCGACCGGUCGAGCGGGAAUGAGUAGGUCGAGCGAAUGGUGCAGAAUGAGACAGUAGCUUCACUGGAAGCUCGCUCGAUCCACCAAGCGAGGCAGUGGCUCGAUCGAGCAGCAGUCGAGCAGACUACUUAGGAUUCUGUUUUGAGCAUAUUACUUAGGGAAUUCUAAGAGUGAUGAAUACCUUGCCUAUAUAUAGGAUUCAUCACUCAUAGAAACAUUCACCACAAAUACACAUAUUGUUGAGAGAGCUAUUGCAUUAUUAGAAACUUAAAAGUGUUCUUGCUUUGCUUCAGUAUUUGUGAUCUUGAGAUAUUGU